UCACGUAAGAUGGAGGUUUGAAGGUGCAGCCGCUGUACAUGGUUAUAGAGGCUAUCCAGACGCCUUAGUGUUUUCAUUUAGCUAAGAGCGCAGAAGUAAUUCCCUAAAAAAAAGAGUCCGUGGUCCCAGUUUCUUAAAAUUCCGGAGUUCAGAAAGAUUCCUUAGACCACCUUCCCAACUGCUGUGAAUAAAUUGAGAAGAACAGUUUUAGACAGGUGUCAAACUCAGGCCUUCCUCUGCAGUGAAACAACACCUCCACUUGCCACAUCGUGCCAUAGGAUGUCCCGUAGCCCUGAGGUGAAAGAGGAUCCAAUGGAGUGCCCUCUCUGCAUGGAGCCCCUGGAGAUCGAUGACGUUAACUUCUUUCCCUGCACCUGCGGCUACCAAAUCUGCCGUUUCUGCUGGCACCGCAUCCGCACAGACGAAAACGGUCUCUGUCCCGCUUGCAGGAAGCCCUAUCCAGAAGAUCCAGCUGUAUACAAACCCCUGUCUCAGGAAGAGCUGCAGAGGAUAAAGAACGAGAAAAAGCAGAAACAGAAUGAGCGCAAGCAGAAGAUCACAGAAAACCGCAAACACUUGGCCAGUGUCCGUGUUGUCCAGAGGAACUUAGUGUUUGUGGUGGGGCUAUCGCAGAGGCUUGCUGACCCAGAGGUCUUAAAGAGGCCAGAAUAUUUUGGGAAGUUUGGGAAAAUCCAUAAAGUGGUCAUCAACAACAGCACCUCAUAUGCUGGCUCACAGGGUCCUAGCGCUAGUGCCUAUGUCACUUAUAUUCGGUCAGAAGAUGCCCUUAGAGCUAUACAAUGUGUCAACAACGUAGUAGUAGACGGCAGAACUCUUAAGGCAUCUUUAGGUACAACAAAGUACUGCAGUUACUUUCUAAAAAGCAUGCAGUGUCCCAAACCAGACUGCAUGUAUCUACACGAGCUAGGUGAUGAGGCAGCCAGUUUCACAAAAGAGGAGAUGCAGGCAGGAAAGCAUCAAGAAUAUGAGCAGAAACUUUUACAAGAGCUCUACAAAAUGAACCCGAAUUUCCUGCAGACAUCCACUGGGACUGGGGAAAAGACAAAAAGCAAAUCAGGCUCUGUACAGAGUUCCAAUAAUAUCAAUAAAGAUGCCUGGCCAUCGUUACAGCCCAUGGGAAAGACCCCCAAUGGGCUUCCAGAACUCCGCAAGAGCCCGCCUCUGGAUGGAGGCUCAGACUGUGAGCACUUGACUCCUGACGGGCCAGAAUCUGAGCUUGGCCUCGGACCUCUCUCAGCCCUCUCACCUUUCUCUUCAAACUGUGAACCUGCCAGUCCUAGUGAAAAGCCAACAGAAGCCAUCAGUAUAGGAAACGGAGAGACACCACAGAUUCCCUGCAGUGACUCGCCGUCGCCACCUCCAGGUCUGGCCAAGCCGUGUCUGGUGGUGCCUGCAAACGUAGCUGGUUUAACAGUGCGGUCACCCUUCGAGGGGGCAGGCACAGAGUCGCAGUCACUGUUCUCUGACAACAGCAACUUCAGACAUCCGAACCCCAUCCCCAGUAGCAGCAGUGUUCCUGGUUUCCCAAGCUCCACACAGAACAAUGCUGACUGGCCCACAGCUCCCGAACCACAGAGCCUGUUUACAUCAGAUACCAUACCAGUCUCAUCCUCCACAGACUGGCAAGCGGCCUUUGGCUUCGGCUCGUCCACCAAGCAGCAGGACGACGAACUUGGCUUCGACCCGUUCGACAUCACUAGCAAGGCACUUGCUGACCUCAUUGAGAAGGAACUUUCAGUACAGGACAAAUCUUCGCUGCCCAUGAGCCAUGUGACCCCAGCGCCGGGUUUCCCUCCUCAUUUCCCCAGUUCGCUUCACAGUGCCAAGGGCCCAAUGCUGCCUCCUCUUGCCUCAUCCACACACCUCCCCCCAAACUGUGGGCUGGCCCCGCGAGCCUUCCCCCACCAUCUCCAACAGCCCCAGCUCUCCCAGUGCCCUGGCUAUGGCUCAUUCAGCUUGCCUGGACACACACAGACCCUGGCAUCUCGCCACAGCUGGCUGACGAUGACGGCACGCGCCAACCUGCCACACCUGAACCACACCACACAACACAGCAACAGCUUCUUGGACUUGAGUUUGCCACCCCAACAGCAGCAGCAUAGUACAGGUCUAGGAGGAAUCCCCAUUACAGAAAACAGCAAUUCAGUAGAAAGUAUAAAUGUCAAAGAGUGGCAAGAUGGCCUUCGAGCUCUUUUACCCAACAUCAACAUCAAUUUCGGUGGCUUGCCCAACUCCUCGUCUUCCUCAUCUUCAUCCUCGUCCUCCUCAUCAUCCUCGUCCGGCGUGAACCACACAGGGGGCAUAUCGCACAGCCUGAGCUGGGACGGCACGGCCAGCUGGAUGGACCCAGCAAUCAUCACAGGUGUCCCAGCAACCUCAGCCAACUGUCUGGACUCUCUUCAGGACGAAAGUCCCCCACAUUGGCUAAAAUCCCUGCAUACCCUGACAGAGAUGGACGUACCCUCCGGCGCCACAGUACCCCCUCAGCCCUCACACAGUACACCCUUUAGUGCCCAGAUGUCUCUCCACAGAGCCAACUGGGCACCCUACCUGCCCCCAGGCACUGCCAGUGCUGCCAGCCAGUUCCACUCUCCCCCACCAGGUUUCCAAACAGCAUUCAGAGCCUCCGCUCAGCCCCCCACAGACCUGCUGCAGAGUGCCGGACUGGACCGCCACUAGGGACUGGGACACUGAAUCCCCCUUCCGUUACUCUGAGAAAACCCAACACACACAGAAAGAUGAAUAAAUAUGAAAAUACAAACCUGUUAAAGUAAUUAUGGAAUUAUGUAUUCUUUUUUUUUUUUUUUCCCCCUUCCACUUCUUGGACUUUUGAGCUCAUUUUAACUCUCGGUUUCACAUUUUCCUCGGUUUAGAAUUUGGUUCAUGUUGCCUAAGUGCUCUUAUCCCAGCAUAAGUAAGGAAGUUCCUGAACAAAGCAUUGUAAAUGAGAGAGCCGAGUAAGGAAUUUGAUGAUGAUGGUGGUGGUGGUGGUGAUGAAACUAAUGUCUGUGUGGAAAUUUUGAAGGUGAAUGGAUUAGAGUACUAGAAAUUGUUCCAUUGAAACAUUUAAAUGCAUUGAUCAAAUCUGCCUUGAAAUCUGUACCAAAUAAGUACCUGUCCUCUGUGUGCACAACCAAGAGGCCAUGAACUUUUGAGGCUGUGACAUUCAAAGAAAUGAAGCAAAGCUCCAACAAAUCUAGAAUGAGAUUUGUUUUUACCCCUAAAAGAUCAAAGCCUUUUUUUUUUUUUCAUUGAAUGGUAAGCCUUUAACUCUGAUCUUUUCUUCAGGUUGUAGUAAAGAGGCCUUUUAGAAGUUAGAAGUUAACUGAGCGUGGUUAGAGCUUUACACGCCAUGCCUUAAAAAAUCGACCAGGAUAUGUCCUCAAUCACUCCCUUUUUUCUAUAUGCGGUCUUUCAGGUACUUGUUCAUGACCCUCUUACCAGCUGACUGGUACCAGGAUGGGAAAGAGGCUUUCCAGCUGCACCACUGGAUGUAACCUCUGUAUCAGAGGGCAGUGCGUUGCACAGAGAAAGGGCGUGAACCUCCGUUUUAAAGAACAAGCAAGCUGUAAGACACUUUUGAACAAAGGGAAGGCAGAGCAGGUGGAGCACCACCGUGUGGUGAUUUUCAUAGCUGCCAUUACUUGAACAGGACAUCAUGAUAUCCGUGUGCGUUUUUAGAAUAUAUAUAUAUAUAUAUAUAUAUAUAUAUAUAUAUAUAUAUAUAUAUAUAUAUAUAUAUAUAUAUAUAUAUAUAUAUAUUCAUUCCCUUGAAGCAACACGUCGGAAGGUACGGGGAGAUGUCGCAGGACGUGUUUUUAUGCAAACUCGUUUUGAGACAAAUGACAAACAAAAUCAUGAUGCAUCUCCAUCCAUCACUGAGAAAAGCACUUGGAUUUGUUCUUUGCACUGAUGGGUGUAAGAAAACUUAUUAGAGGUACAAGUUGUGUUUCGGUGAUGUAGUGCAAUGAAAAUUCAGUUGUUAAUUUGACUCACUCUGGAGACCAUUUUAAGAUUGUCAGAAAAGAUAACGGGAAGGUGAUUGUUUUUCCUCAUAGUAGACAUAAUCUGGCCAUGUUGCUGAUGAAAGCUGGGAUAGCCGCACUGCUAGGCAACAGGACCCCCCCCCCCCCAACACACACGCACACAACACCGGUCAUAAAAAAUUCUCUCUCACCUCUCUUCUUCUUCUUUCUGCCUCCUUUAAUUUUCUUUUUUACAGUCUUAAUUCUGUAUCACUUGUGUAGGUUCUUGCCAACUGUUCAGUAUUCAGCAGUAUUCAAGAGCAGUGAUUAAAUUAAAAAUCUUAAGAUGAAACCAGUACAAUUUAACUAUGGGUUUUACUCAGUGCUAAAGAUUAAAAUGAAGCGUCAAAAGGAAUUGUAUCUCUGCAGGUCUGAAAGAAAAAGACAACAAUCUUUAAUAAAAGAUUAAAUAUGAAGCUGAUGUUGAAACUUUUUAUCCUGCAGUCACGGAAUAAAGCGGUUCAUUACCAGGUUUAAAGGAAGGUUCCACCAUGAAACAUUAAAUAUCUUUAUAUUGAAA